UUAGUCGUAUACUUUCAUUCAUCUCUGCUGGACCAAACAAACAAACGGAAACUGUUAUACGGAAUGUGCGGUUAGUGGAUGUGUCAGAAACAACUAAAAAAAGAAAGAAACAAACAAAACAACAAGAAGAAGCAUUAAGGAAUGGAAGACAGGUUAAAAAAGCAACAACAACAUGUGUGUGUAAAACUUCAGAAAAAUAUACUGCUUUCCACAUAACGGUAAUUUAGACGAGUUAAAUAAUAAAUGUGACAAGUGAGAGUGUUUGUGUAAACAAAUUAUGAGGAGUCUGUCUUCUUGUUGAGCCUCUGAAAUGUCAGUCAAUGAAAGAGAUUUGGAAAAAGUUAUUUGUUUAUCCAUAUCCGUAAUGUCCUUUUUGACCACCUAUUCGCCCAAAUAGAGGAUGUUGCUCUUGAAUGUCUCGGCUGCUGCUACGGCUACGGCUACUGUAACAAUGUAUUUUGUUGUUGCCCGUGUUUUUCUCCAUGCACUGGCAUGAUUGUGUUCGUGCGUGCGUGCGUCCGUGUGUGAGUUUAACUUGCUGUAACAAUAGUGAGUGAGUGGUUUUUAUGUGACACCACCCCAAAGGAAAACCAGAUACAAACAGAAUUGAUUUCAAUUAUGAGACAAUCGAAGGAUUCAACACCAAAUUAAACGGCACCAAACGAACGAAUGAAGAAGGCCCAAAGUUGGGCAAAAAUAAAAACCAAGAAAAUAUCUACUUGAAAAAGAAGGCAAUACGUUGUUGUUUUUCAUUUUUCAAAAGAGAAGAAAAAAGCAAAGUGAAAGAAAAAAAAUUCUAUGAAAUACAGAAAAAUGUCUAAGGAAAAAUACAUCAAAUCAAAACUAGUCAAAUUAAAUUUGUGUGAAAAUUAACCAAAAAAAAUUCUUAGAAAAAAUAAAGAAACCAUUGAGAGAGGGAGAGAGUGAGAGGAAAAAAAUCAAAGCCCUGCAAAACAAAUCACAACCAAAGGUAAAGGGGCAUUAACUUAAUUUUUUUGACGUGAGUGCGCGCGUGUGUUUGUGUGUGUGGUACAUGGCAUGAAUUGACCAAAUAAGGUUUAAAAUCCUGAGCUCUUUUGAGGUGUUUCCAAGAAAAAAUAAAAAAUGAAACAAAAACGCUGCCAAAUGCUGUGUAAUUGUAGAAAGUAACCAGAAAAACGUAACAAAAAAAAAAAAAAAAAAAACGCCAAGUGAAAAGUUUCUUUUGGAACAGAAAAAACGCAAAGUUAAUUAUGUUUCCUCUGUCAUGGAUGGUUUUACGGACUGUUUGUUGCCAUCACGCCGUAUACCCCUUUACUUCAUAUCCCUUGAAAAGCACCUGGCCCAAAAACAACAGUUUUUAGUUUGAUUUUUUCGGUUUUUUUUGCUUGGAUCUACAAAAGUUUUGUGAAUUUUGUGACUGGCAACAAAAGUAGAAAAUAACAAAAAAUAACAAAAACACAAAACAAACAAACCGAGCGAAAAAGGAUAUCAACCCAAGUUCUAAGACUACAAGUGUUGCCCCGAACCUAUUAUUGCUGCAACCUAAUAUCCGCUUUGAUUUGCCAGAACCAACCACCUUUGGACACCAUCAAAAUUACACACACGUUCGUUUGGAGGCCAUAACUGGGUACUGGUGGAUUGCAUUGGCCAUCAGCAGCGGCAGCAUCAUCAUUAUCGCUUGCCAUAAUCAGACUUGCCAAAUCACCAUGAUUUGUGUGUAAAUAAAUGUGAAAUAUAACAAUCGAUUCAGUGUGUGUGCGUGUGUGUGUGAGAGCGAGAGCGAGGAGCCCUGCUUGGUUUCUUAAGGACAAUUUUAUUACAGCACUGCUGGCUGCAGCUGCUGUGUGGAGACCAUAACAAUUGAUUUGAGGUUUAUUGUUAUUUUUUUGCUGCAGCGAUUAUGAACAAAAAACCGCCAUUGCCCAUAACGGCAUUCAUUGGCGGACCACAAACAAAUGCCGCCUCAAUUGCGGCCAACAACGCCACAGCGACGGCCACAAAUUCAAUGUGCUUUUCAACGCCGGCGACGAAGGGCGAAAAACAACGUGACCACCAUCAUCAGGCAAAUGCGGCCAAUUCGGGACUUUGCGGCUGUCACAAAGCGCCCAAGUCACAUUGCAUAUCCGCCACAGGUGUUCUGAUAUUGGUACUUUUAUACACGGCCAUGGGUUCCAUUAUAUUUGUAACGCUUGAGGGCGAAUUGGAUGAUACCACAGCAUUGGAAACAGCAGUGGCCGCCUCAAAGCCCUAUCCACGCAAUGAACUGGCCAAUGCGGAAAUCAGAUCAAGAACCGUUGAUCGUCUUUGGUCGAUAACAGAGGAUUUAAAUAUUCUCUACAAGGAGAAUUGGACGCGCCUGGCUGCUCAAGAAGUGCAACAUUUCCAGGAUACAUUGCUGCGUUCAGUGCGCCAAUCGAAAAUUCAUCAGACAGGUGUACCCAUGAAUCCGCCCUCCCACAAAUGGACCUAUGCCUCGGCGUUUCUCUAUUCAUUGACGCUGAUAACAACAAUCGGUUAUGGUGGCAUUUCACCCCGCACCCAAUGGGGUCGCAUUGCAGCCCUGAUCUAUGCCCUGUUUGGCAUACCCAUCGUCCUGCUGUAUCUCUCGGCCAUGGGCGAGGGCCUGUCGGCGGGUAUGCGUUGCCUCUUUCGCAAGGCCAGAUCAAAAAGUACCGUUAGCAAUGGCAAUGGCAGCGGUGGUGGGGGUGGCAACCCGUCCAGUGGGAAUCAAUCAUCCUCGGGGAACAAAAAGAGCGGCAAUGAGUCGAAACACAAAAGCAAAUCAGGGCAACAUUUUGCGGGACCCAAAAUGUUACCCGGCCAUCAUCACCAAUAUGGAGCUCUCAGCAAACACUGCAGCUCAACAGGUGGUUCACCCAGUGUACCCAUAUCCAUAUGCGUCAUGGUCCUGAUAUGCUACAUAACCUCUGGCGCCUUGCUGUUCCACAAAAUGCAGGACUGGAGUGUGUUGGAGGCCCUCUACUUCUGUUUCACCUCCUUGGGCACCAUUGGCUUUGGCGAACUAACACCCUCGGGAAAUCUAACGCUAUAUUUAGCCUCUGGCUAUAUACUCAUCGGCAUGGCCGUGGUGGCCAUGUGCUUUAGCCUCAUCCAAACCGAGUUGGUGAUGUGGCUGCGUCGCUUCAGUGUGCAGGAUCACGUUAUGCCCCAGUCGGAUGAUGUAUCGCUGGUAUCAGUUUCAGUGACACCCAAAUCCUCUUGACAACGACCCACCGCUGACCUGCUUGCAGGCAGCGGUCCCGGCCCCAACACAAUGGGCCAGCAUCAGACCAUGUUCUUUGGACCAGCCCACAUGUUUUCCCAGUACAACUCCUUGCCGCGGCGCACACUGAACUCCAAUUUCCAACGCAACACCCCCAUACGAAGAUCGACGGGCAUACCCGAACACCAUAUUGAGUACUUCGUGCCACGAAGUGUUAGCGAAUUCAAUUUAUCCGGCGUUGGAGAUUUGGCACUGCCGCCACCCAGGCGUUGUUCACCCACCGGCAUGGGCCUGCCGCAUGGCCUACAACUGGGGCCGCCCCAGACUCUCAUAUGUGGUCCACCUCCGCCCCAGGUCCAAAUUGUUAUGAAGCCACGCGAGAAAAUGGUGACAUUUGAGGAUGAAUCAAAAGGCAUGGUGCCUGGUAUGGCGACUAGCUCGGCGGUGGGUACAACGUGUCCCCAUGGCGUGCCAACAACACCGCGAAAAUCCAACCCAGCUGGCCAUGGGGUUGGAGGUGGUGGCGGUGGGGGUGGCGCCGAUGUUUUUAUGUGACGUGAAUCGCUGAGAUGACCCACUCUGAGUGGUUUACUAAGCGAUGCGCCACCACCACCACCACCAACCGCCAACACAGAUGAUGUCUUCUCACUGACCACAAGCACACAGUUGGACCAGCAGGGCCAGGAUGUGGCGGGGAUCUCGGGCGGCGAAAGAGAUUCUCUGGAUGGUAGUAUGAGUGAUUUAAAAACCAAAUCUCAACCAGGAGAUGUGAUACGUGUCUGAGCUGGAACUGGAAACAAAGUAUCAAAAAAGGCAGCAAAAAAAAUAAAAAAUAAAAAAAUACAAAAAACAAAAAAAGAAGCCAAAAAACAAGAAACUUUCAACUGAUUUUCUAGGUCAUAAUAAAGGAAGAAAAAAAAAUAAAGCCAACAACAAGACAUUGUAGUAUUAACAUAUUUUUGACAAUUAAGUGUGAACAUAUUCCAGUAAAAUUAAUAUUAAAAAAAUAAAUUAAAACAAAAUAAAAAAUUAGGAUAAAGAAUAAAUUUUGUAAUUAUAAAACAGGGCUUAGAAAUUGGGGUGAGAAGUCUGGAUUUUUAAAUGGAAGAAACAAAUAAAAAAAAAAAACAAUUAAAAAAUAAAAAAAUAACAAAUAAAUAUGCCUAUAUUGACGCUCUAUUUAUUCCUCGACUAUUAUCCACGAGUAAUAACCCAACAAUACGGGUUUGCACUCUUAAAUUCUAUUUCUAAUUCUCUCUAAGGUUCAUAAUUCUCUUUCUCUCUGUUGUGUGAUUGUUUUUGUUCUUGCUCUGUUUACAUUUAUGCUAGUGAUUGCGGUAUUGGUAAUCAAUGCCGUUUUUUUUUCUCUACAAUUAGCAUAACAAGAGAAAGAGAGUAACAAUGAGGGGAGAAUAACAAGGAACGGGGUUUAUAUGGGGUAUGUUCAGUGAUGCUGCUGCAGCGUUUAUCACAUAAACAAAUUUUAUGAAUUUGAUGGAUUUUUGGCCACUUUUUGGUCUUUUUCAGAUUCGAGACAAACAGAGAGAUCAAUUAAUUUUCGAAUGUAAGUCAGAUUUAAUUU